GUCCUGUGAUUGGUCCCUGGAAGUCUCUAUCAUGCCUUGCACCAAAGUGGGGAUAAGUUUGGACGCGGUGACCUUUAGUUUUGCGGUGCGGGCCCGGGGGCGCCGUCCACAUUCCCCACCUUAUGCUCCUUGUUACUUUAAUUGUCAGUGGAGCGCCCAGGAGUAGUUUACCAGACCAUCAAGGCGGUUUGAGGUGUUCGCAGCUCCUAUUACACAAUCCAGUUGCAGAUCUGGGUGAAUUUACAACCUUACUUUCAACUAAUUUCCUUUCACGGAAUGAACUUCAACCAGUUACACCUGUAACCGAAUGGACUCCGCUAUCUCUCAUCAUUCUGAACUCCAGCGAGUACAGUCCCAGGCGACUCAAUCUCUCCUCAUAGUCUAACCCCCUCAUCUCUGGAAUCAACCUGGUGAACCUCCUCUGCACCGUCUCCAAAGCCAGUAUCUCCCUCCUUAAGUAAGGAGACCAGAACUGCACACAGUACUCCAGAAGCUGCAUGACUUGCGGUGAACUGGCAGCACACUUGGGCAUAGUGGCUUCUAUGGAGUCAGCCAAAGGACUUAUUGUCUUUCUUUAAAAAUAUAUUUUGCGAUCGCAAGACCCUGCUGGAUAUUAAGAACUACCCCAUCAGUGAGUUGCUCAUUGCCAGAGAAACUGUAGGAACUGGACUGGAUGCAGACCGUGACGUUGCCUGUGACAGAAAGGAUUUCCUUGCUUUAAUUCAAAUGGCCAGGAGGCAAAAGGAUCAAUGCCCUGCUCACCAAUGCUGUGUCUUCUGACAAUAACUACAUGACCAAUGAAUUCUGUCUCGCCUUCCUCCGUUCAGUACAUCCAGAGCCAGGAAGACUUGACUCCCACAGAUACAAAGAGCCGACUGCACCCAGGCACCAGUGAGCAAGAGAACAGCUGGAAUGGCCAUUAUGAUUUGCCAGAGAAAUCCCAACAGACUGAAUCAGUUGAUGUGGACAAGAUUAAAGUUAAGCUGAUGACAGCCUGGAACAAUGUCAAAUACGGUUGGGUAGUGAAAGGGAGAACAAAUUUCAGCAAAACUUCCCCAAUUUUUCUGCUGGGCCGGUGCUACCAGUUUGAGUCGAAAGCUGAUCCAGCAGACACCGGUUGUGAGGCACGAGACAACCAGAAUGCUGCUUCUGCAGUGGUGGACUUGUUCCGGAAGGACUUUGGCUCUCGGAUCUGGUUGACGUACCGCCGUGAAUUCCCGCAGCUGGAGGGUUCUAUCUGGACCACGGAUUGUGGCUGGGGUUGCAUGCUGCGCAGCGGGCAGAUGCUCCUCGCUCAGGGACUCCUUGUUCAUCUUCUGUCUCGAAAUUGGACAUGGCCUGAUGUGUUACUCUCUGUUGAGUCAGAAGCUGAACCCAGAUCGCCAUCUAAAUCCAGCAUUACCAACUGGUCAAACUUUGAUGUCUUCAGCUCACAGUUGGACAGGAGUAGAAGCCUCUGGCAUGCCCGAGGUUCCACGGUCACCCAAGCACGUGCACGAACAUUGAGACUGGACAACCCUAACUCUUCCAAAAUGGACAAAGAAGAGGGGGAGCACCGCAAAAUCAUUUCCUGGUUUGGCGAUCACCCCAAGGCCCCCUUUGGGGUACAUCAGCUUGUAGAAUAUGGCAAGAGCUCUGGGAAGAAGGCAGGAGACUGGUAUGGCCCAUCAAUUGUAGCACAUAUAAUCAAGAGAGCAGUGGAAAAAGCUGAAGACUCUGAAUCUCUUGGUAUUACUGUCUAUGUAUCACAGGAUUGCACAGUGUACAAAGGAGAUGUGAUGAAUCUCUGUGAGAUGCAGAUAAAGAGUGGAAGUGUUUCUGAUCUGGAAUGGAAGUCAGUCAUUAUCCUGGUGCCUGUUCGACUAGGAGGUGAAAAUCUCAACCCUGUGUACAUGCAUUGUGUGAAGGAGAUCCUGAAGCUUGAAUGUUGUAUUGGAAUCAUUGGUGGGAAACCCAAGCACUCACUUUACUUCAUUGGGUAUCAAGAUGAUUACCUGCUGUAUUUGGACCCUCACUACUGCCAGCCAGUUGUGGAUGUAACUAAAUACAAUUUCCUGCUGGAGUCAUUUCACUGCAUCUCUCCAAGGAAGCUGUCUUUCAGUAAGAUGGAUCCCAGCUGUACUAUAGGUUUUUAUGCAAAAACUAAGGAGGAUUUUGAAAACUUGUGUGAAAAUGUCACAAAGGUUUUAGGCUCCUCGCCUUUGAAAGAGAAGUACCCUAUUUUCACCUUUGCAGAAGGCUGUGCUCAGGAUUACGGUCUGGAUGAACGCUGCAUUUGCAAACCGGAUACAACUGUGCGAAUCUCCAAGUCUGAAAGAGCAGGGAAGCCGAAGCAGAGCAGCACUGAAGAAUUUGUUUUUCUCUAGUGAACAACGGACUGGCAAUUAAUUAUCUGUGCCUGCUACUGUAUGUUUCAACAGGGAACAAACUAGGGGUCCUCUUGGAAUGUUCUGAUAUUUAUACCUGGUGUCUUUCCAUAAUGAGAUGGAAUCAUGGCAAUCAUUAUCCUUUCUGUGUAGCUUUCACUAUGAGACUGAUAAAACUCUCCCUGAGAAUGAUCAGCUUGUUUUUCCCUUCCCUUCAUAAUGUGGCUGAAAUUGUGCGUGUCAUUUAUUGGUCUGUGUGAUGCAGACUUUUCAAGGCAUUGACAAUUUCAGGCUGGGGUUGAUAUUGAAACCAGUUAUGUAAUGUAUUGAUGCAGAUGUCGCUGAGGUGCUGACUUCUAUUCUCAGAGCUCACUGAAUGGUCCCUCACCUUUGAUCAACCCUUUACACAGUGUGAACUGGAUAAUAGGGAGUAGUUCAUAGGGAGGCAGGUGGGGAAUGGUUGCCAAGUCUGAUGCUUUAAUUGUGACGCAUUCUGCUAGAAUUCCAGUUAAAGGUUGGGAACCCUGCCUGCCAUCACUUCCUUGGGUCCAGAUUACCGAAGACUGAUUGUCUGGACCCAUUGUUCCUCUGGCAGAUUGCAGAUAGAGAUUCCUUUGCUGAAUUCUGCAGCUUUUCCUCAACUCUUCUCCCUGAGAGGUACAGCACUUCCAUUUAUGGAGCUACCUCUUUGAAUUCACUUACUGUGGCUCAAACUGUGCACAGGAGGGAGUCAAGAAUCAACACUCGCUUUACCUGUGUGAGUGUCGACACGUACCAUGUCACUACAGAUCAUAGACUGUCACACUGUGGCACUCCUUUGCCCCACAACACUGCUUCAACAUUAAACUGGCAGUGUUGUGACCUGCAUGGUUUAGGUAAAUGGCAAAUCAGAUUUUUAUUUAGGGAAAAGGAAAGGCAAAUAUUUCUCUUUAAGAAUAGGUAUCAUUUAUCUAUUUUGACUGGACGAUUAAUUUACAAACUAGUGCGAUAAGAGCCCUACUGUGAACAAAGAGAAGAACAUUUAAUGGACUUUUAAAAACCAGGAUUUGCUUCUUGCCAGAUCCACACAGACAGCUGUUUGCAUUGCAGUGACAUUUUGUAAAUUCUAGUGCUUUAUCCUUUAUUGGAAGUAUUUUACUUUUGAGAGGUACUAGGAUUGGGAUGCCUUUCACCUUGGGUUUGGGUUCACCAUUUUCUUGGUGACAAGUCUUCUUGAGGGAUAUAUUUUUUUGCUGGGGCCUAGUUUGAAACUGGGCUCAAGCAGAUAAAACUGGCCCAGAUUCAGCAAUAACUGACAGUAGAAUCUAACUUGGGUCACAGGGUGUUGGUAUGGACAAUCCAGAAGAUAAGUAUCGUAAAGGUGCUCUUCCCUUUUUUCCUUUAGUCAAGACUGUCAUUGCAAAGCUCCUUCUGCUCUGUUCCUAUUCAUGUGGCACUUAAACAGCCCUGGAGCUUGCGAAUUUUACACCUGCUCCAAAGGUGGUUCUGCUCCCCAAGUAACCCAUUGUAUAACCUGUACUUUCAAUCAUGUUACUGCUGGCUGUCAACACUAAUCACAGAUCUUGAAACAUAAUUGCUGAUCCUAAUGACUCACAAAGUGUUGUCUAUAAUUAUUAAUUGAGCUAACAAGUAAGAGCAGUCUAAUUACAUAACUAUUUUGUUUGUAUUAUUUAUUCUGUCUGUUCCAGUUUCUAUUUUUGAUAUAGUUUUUAUUUCUGGACUGAGCCUUUGAUCUGAAGCACAGCUAUGUGCAUUUCCCUGUGGCUCCCUCCCUCCUCACCACCAUGUCCUUCACUCACAACCCCCCCACCCCCAGAGUUAAAAUAUCCGUAGCGUUUAGGAAAGCGUCCUGAAGAUCACUUUACCAGGACUGGGGUGCAAGCAGGUGAAACUCAAUUCCUGAUUCCUGCAUUGGAGACAUUGGCUGGUAUUAGGACGUUCAGACUCUUGUUUUGACUGCAGUGUACUCUUCCCACUGCCACACCUUUACAGCCAGGCUUUAUAAAUGGUCAUUAGUCGAAGAGGGCUUAUAGUAAUACCACUGUUUACUUUUGUGAGUUCAGUUCAUAAAAUUAGCUAAUUGCUACAUUGCAAUCUCUUUCUUACUGCUAAACUCAGGACCAAAUUAUUAGUGGGACAGUGGGCCACCAUGAUGGUGAGCCGUUGCAUCAUGUUAACAAAUAAUCAUUUUAAGGAUAGGGGAAGUAACUGCACAGUAUUUUUAAUACGUAUGGUACUUUUUGUGGAACCAUUUUGCCUAGAAACUUAACUUGAAACAACAAGAAGAUUGUGUGUAGAUUAGAGGAGGGAGGGUGGAAUACGAGUCAAUGUUCCCACAGCCUUUCUGUGAUCCUGUUUUCACCUUUCAGUGUGGUGGAGCCUUGAGCAUUCACGGCUAGGAUCACCGUGGUUCACCCGACAGGUUUUCUGCACUUCAGGGAGUGUACAACGUUAAUCAAAUUUGCAGAACUGUUGAGAGCACUAAAGGUUCUUAAUUAACACUGUUUAAACAAGUGGCCAUCUCUCUUGCUAACAAACUCAAUGACAGAUACAUUGACCAUCUUGUCAAUGAGUGACUAUUAUAAUGCGGUGAUUACAUUACCUACAUAGAGAUUUUGUUUCACUGUUGCUGCAUAGCUAGCUGUGGAAUGUGCAGAUGCUCCACACAGUGAUUGAGUAUAUAAGGCAUGAAUAGGUUGCAGCGGAUUACUCCAUGGUAGUAAUAUGGAGCAUUUCUACUCUAGUAACAAACUAGAUAUAAAAUAUUUCUACAUCUUGAUCAGGCUGAUUACAUCUAAGAGAUUAACUUUGACAUAUCUAUCCUGUUAGUGAAUUGUUUGUUAGCUACACUUUCUGCCUCCCACAACCUUUCGAACUCUUGUGUUUCUAGUUAUUCAAGCAGCUCCUAAUAACCCCUAUUACUGUUCAGAGAAAAGCAGGAGGAUUCUGCCAUCUUGGCCAAUAUUCCUCCCUCAACCAGAGAGGAUUAAAUAUCACAUUGUUGCUUAUGUACACCACCCUCAUACAGUCAUUACUCAGUGGAAUUCAUUGAAUGAGAAAUGCUUAGCUUAGUGACUGAUGCCACUGGAUAAAUGCAGAUUAUGUUCCCUAAAUAUGCACUUGAAAUGUUGAUUUGAACGUCUCAGAUCAGGACUGUGCUCCAGUAUUGGUUUCUCCAGAUUAAUAUGAAUGCUUUAUCAACAAGUAUUUUUGGGCUGAGUGUAGGCAUAUCCAGAGCUAUUUUUCCAUUGAGUGUAAUCUAAUUCUGAUAAGUGACGCUGCCUCCCACCUGUCUGACGGCCGUAACCAUUGGCUGGGAGGGUUAGUUAACUUGAAGCCUCAUCUCUUGUAAAUGAGCAGUAGAAGAAGCAGGACAAGGGCUGCAAGGCGGUAUUCUCGUAUUGUUUCUUCGGUCCUACCUAAACUGUGUUGGAAGUUCUUCCCAUGACUCCUCCCCCUCCCUCUCCAGCAUUUGUUGUUUAAUCUUCUUGCCAUCCUCUCUCCUUUCUCCAAACCUCCACCUUGAGGACUGACUCCUUGUACCCUUUGAAAUCCUUUCCUUCAGCUCUCUCAAUGGAUGGAGUGAAUUGUAAUUGGUGAAUGCUGUCAGAUUGUUUAACUGUGGAGGAUAUUGGGAGCUGUUUUGAGUAGCAGCACUAAUUUGGAGCCAACUUUUCACCCCCUUCUCUCUUCUCCCCCACCCCGUCCACACAGAAACUCCCCUGUAUGUUUAAAGCAACCCAGUAGAGACCAACCCAAAUAAUAAACAA